AUGGGAGGUUUGGACGGUGACGGCUUUUGGACAGGCGGCAGGCUGGGCUCAGAGGCGGUUAACUUAAUGCUGCUGCAAGGCGAGGGCCGGGAGCGGGCAGGGUCCGCAAUGGAUGAUGACUGCUCUGUGCGGCCCUGCGCCACUGAUUUCUCUAUCGCAGCUAUCAUGGCAAGAGACCGGCAGGAGAGGCGGGAAAGGCGGAGACACAGAGACCCGAGAGAGGACACACUUACACCAUUAGAAAAGUUUGUGGACGCAACAGCGUCAGCAUCGGGGUCGCCGUCACCGCCACUAGCAGAAUACGAACGAGACUCUCCCGUGGACGUAUCCUCAACUUCAGAAGCUGGUUCGGCCAGUGGAGCCCCCAGCGGCUCCCGCGCUCUAUCACCUUCACCUCGCAACCCACAAUUGAUAGAGCGCUGGUCCAGUGAAGAAAUGAAGCACAUACAAUGCCACCUUGAAACCAAAGAACUAUGGGACAAAUUCAACGAACUGGGCACCGAGAUGAUCAUCACAAAAACCGGAAGGCGCAUGUUCCCGACGGUGCGCGUGUCGUUCGCGGGGUGCCGCGCGGAGGCGCGCUACGCUGUACUGCUGGACGUGGUGCCGGUGGACGGCAAGCGCUACCGCUACGCUUACCACCGCUCGUCGUGGCUGGUGGCCGGCAAGGCGGACCCGCCCGCGCCCGCGCGCCUCUACCCGCACCCCGACUCGCCCUUCGCCGGCGACCAGCUGCGCAAGCAGGUCGUCUCCUUCGAGAAGGUCAAGCUCACCAACAACGAGAUGGACAAGAACGGACAGUUGGUGUUGAAUUCAAUGCACAAGUAUCAACCGCGCAUACAUUUGGUACUGCGGCGAGAAGGUGCCAUCAACGCUCCGAUCACCGACCUCGAACAAGAAGAGUUCAAGACCUUCAUAUUCCCGGAAUGCGUCUUCACUGCCGUCACAGCAUAUCAAAACCAACUCAUCACAAAACUGAAAAUCGACAGUAAUCCAUUUGCAAAGGGAUUCCGAGACUCUUCACGUCUCACUGAAUUCGAGAGAUUCUAUAUCACGGGAGAGCACGAACGAACGUCGAUCUUCGAUGACGCGCGCUUCGGCGCCGCUAAUCAUAGAGAAACCAUGGAGUCUAUGCUGGCGGAGCAACAUUACUUACGGUCUCCGCUGCGGCCUUUUGACUUAGAUCAGCACAACAAUAAUUUGACGUUGGAGGAGAAGGCAAUUUUAGCUGCUCGUUCGCAGCUGUUCCUUCGCGCGGCGUAUCCUCUAUACGGAGUGCCAGCGGCGGCGCUUUGGGGCCAAUGGGCCUGUUUGGCGCCGCAGCUACUGGCGCAGCAACAUCUCGCGUCAGGUUCUGGACUGCAGCUACCGCGACCUGUAUACCCAGGUGGAGUUCCUGCGGGACUGUCGCAGCACCGCUUCUCGCCAUACCCACCCCGUCGCUCAUCACCUGGCUCGUCACCGGACUCGCUUCGUGAUGCCAGCCCCCACCCUCUGCCCCCGCACCCACCACACACCCCGCACCCACCACACAGUCCAACUUAG